AUGGUAGGCGUGGACGAGUAUGGCCUCAGUGUCGCCCGCACCCGCGGCUUCAGGCUCGUCGUCCUGGCAGGAGCCGCCCUCGUCGUCAUCUGGGCCAACUCGACCUUCCGCCUCAUCCCCGUCGGCAGCAGCGCCAAGCAGCAAGAUUCACACACAACCACCACCGAGACCACCUCGAGCCCGACCAACACUGCACCUCCCCCAGGGCCCCCGAUAGUCGGCACAGGCGACGACUUCUUCGUGGUCGACGCCCUGCACCACGCCCUCAACCCCCCUCCGCCACCGCCGCCGCCCCCACCGCCUCCUCCCCCUGAGGUCCCAUUCCCAGACAACGUCGCCGUGAUAAUGGAAACCGACCCAGCGCGCGUGCCGAACCUCGUCCCCGUGAUCCUGCACUUCGCAGCAGUGCUGGGCCCCAAAUGGCCGGUGGUCCUCCUGACGCGCAAGGACAAGUGGGUCGAGCCCGCGAGCCCUGCCUUGCGGCGCCUCAUGGCCGAGCGGCGGCUGCACAUCUACUUCCUGCCCGCGGACACGACCUUCCCCGACCACCGAUCCGUCUCGGUGUUCCUGACCCGCCCUUGGUUCUGGGAGCAGUUCGAGAGCGCCGGCCGCGUGCUCGUCUUCCAGGCCGACAGCGUCGUCUGCGGGAACAGCGGCCGCGCGAUCGACGACUUCCUCGAGUGGGACCUCGUCGGCGCCCCCGUCGCGCCGCAGUACGGCGUGGGCUACAACGGGGGGCUGAGCCUGCGGAACCCGAAGCUGGUGCUCGAGGUCGUGAGGGACCCGGCGAAUGACUUUGCUAGGGACUCUGCCGAUGAGGUGGUGGUGGAGGCGCCCAAGACGGAGGAACCGCCUAAGAAGGAAGAACCACCCAAGAAGGAAGAGCCGCCUAAGGAGGAACCAUCCAAGGGGGAGCCGCCAAAGAAGGAAGCAGAACCCAAGAAGGAUGAACCCCCUAAGAAAGAAGCCGAGCUCAGGCCGGGGAAGCCGGCGUGGAUGAAGUUCGAGGACCAGUGGCUGUACAUGAAGCUCAAGGAGCGGGGCGCCCACCUGCCGGACCAGGAGGUCGCCAUGACCUUCGCCGUCGAGACGGUCUACUAUGACAAGCCGCUCGGCUACCACCAGCCCUUCCGCUGGCUGACCGAGUACCAGAAGAAGGAGGCCAUGGAGUGGUGCCCCGAGAUCGGCAUGCUGCAGGACGGGUCGCACUUCUUCACCUAG